UCCCACACUAUCAAAUCGUCCACAACAAUAUUUCUUCACACAACGACGUACAAUUUUUUUUUUUUUUAACCAAAAAAAAAAAAAAAAAAAAAGGAUGUCUUCUAGAGGGGCUUGUGAACCACUAGCAGCAGGGAGAGUGAUAGGAGAAGUAGUAGACAGUUUCAUUCCGAGUGUGAAAAUGAAAGUGAUAUACAAUGGGAGCAAGCAAGUCUCCAAUGGACAUGAGCUCAUGCCUACUGUUGUUGCUGCACAACCUCGUGUUGAGAUUGGUGGUGAAGACAUGAGAUCUGCUUAUACACUUAUCAUGACGGACCCGGAUGCUCCAAGUCCCAGUGAUCCGUACUUGAGGGAGCACCUCCACUGGAUUGUUACAGAUAUCCCUGGUACCACUGACGUCUCUUUUGGACGGGAAAUAGUGAGCUAUGAGACACCAAAGCCAGUAAUAGGGAUUCACCGCUAUGUAUUCAUAUUAUACAAACAAAGAGGAAGGCAAACAGUGAAAGCACCAGCAACAAGGGACCAAUUCAACACUCGGAGUUUUUCAGCAGAAAAUGGAUUGGAAUGCCCUGUUGCUGCUGUCUAUUUCAACGCCCAGAGAGAAACUGCCGCCAGAAGAAGAUGAAAUAAUUAAGCAUGUGAUUCAAAUAAGCUCUGCACUCUGCUUUGUGAAGACAUAGUAGGGACAAUAUACGGGCAAAAGUAUUAUUGCUACUACUACCACUACAAAACGUUGUGUACUUCCCCUCGCGGAUUGAUUCAAGAGAUUUAAGUGUCAUUGUCAACCAUAUUAUAAGUUCAUAACCGAUUAAAUAUGGUGUUACUCUAUGUUUAAUUUGUUUGUCGUA